AUGGAAGAUAGCGACAAGGGCCUAUUUGAUAGAUUUGAUGACGACGACGACGAUGAUUCGGACAAUGCCAAGAAUGAUACUAUGGAGGAAGAGCAGAAGAACCCAAACAACAAAGAUAACGGACAGCAGGUGUCACGAAAUCAUCCUCCUCUUCCUCCAGCAAAAGCGGUUGCUUUGAGCAUGCAAUUCAUGAAGAGUCUCAGUGGCCUAUGCUGUCAGGAAUGUGUUGGGUUCAAGGAUGAUGAACUAUCAUUGUUGAAGCAUCACAAAGAUAACAACAACAACAACAAUACUGCAUCACAAGCGCCCUCCGAACUGUACAAUUUACAAUCCUUGCAACGACGGAGCGUCUCUUCCAUUUCACCAUUUGUAGCGGAACCCAUGAUGACAAUGCCAUCUGCUGACUCUGAUGCUGCUACUGCGACUAAUAGCAGCAGGACUAUUGAAAAAUUAAUGGGCGAGUACAUGACACUCUGUCAAUUUUACAAAGUGCCCUACAAUUCCGGUGUGUUGUGCACAUUGCGCUAUCGGAUGCCAAGCUUGCGAGUGGGAAAUAGUUUUCACGAUACGGACAUGCUGGCCUUGACCGAAUUACUCUUGAGGCAUUCCAACACUCAUUUGAGUUACAUCAAGCGACUGGACUUUACCAUUCCGGGAAAGGAAGGCAAACGAUUCCGGUCCAUGAAAUGUGGAUUCACGAGUCAUGGGGCAUUGGCCUUGGCCAAGACCUUGCAAUAUACCAAACAUGUGACGCAAGUGUGGUUGCCAAAACACCGGAUUGGUCCAUACGGAGCCUCGGCAUUGUUUUGGGCGUGUUCUACCAAUUCGACCAUUGAACACUUAAAUUUGAGACGGUGUCGAAUUGGAGAACGUGGGGCCUUUGCCUUUUGCGAACUCAUCUUGAAUGAAAAGACGGGACUUCAGGAUGUGGAUUUGAGUGCCAACGUGAUGGGGCAUCGAGGAACAUCGGCCAUUGAAACGGCACUCCAACACGAAGGUUCUACCCUUUAUGUGAACCUGGAAGGGAAUCUAGUGAUCCCAGAGAUUAUGAAUGGUGUGACGCAUGGAAUCGGAGUCAUUGUUUGCCUCAUUGGUGGCUACUUGUUAUCCGAUUUAGUCAAAGACAGCUCCCCGGUUCACAAGAUUUCUUGCACGGUAUACACGAUUAGUCUUCUGGUCCUAUACCUCAGUUCGACGUUGUAUCAUUCCUUCUUUACACUGCAGCAUACCAAAUACAUUUUCAUGGUCUUGGACAAAUGCGCAAUCUACAUUCUCAUUGCUGGAAGCUACACUCCGUUUAUGCAAAUUUUGUUUUAUGACAAGCCGAUAUGGUCCAGUGGCCUAUUGAGUUUUAUUUGGUUAUGUGGAGUGCUCGGAAUUGCAGUGGAAGCCUUUGUUCCCACUUGGGGAAACCGGAAGUACUUUUCUCUGGCCAUGUACCUCGGCAUGGGUUGGGCCGCCAUUGCUUGUAUGCCACAAAUGUACGAGCGACUGCCAAGGACGGCAAUGAAUUUGCUGGUCAUGGGAGGUGUUGGUUACACAGCUGGAGUUCCCUUUUUCGUUCGAAACAACAACAUGGAUCAUGCCAUUUGGCACCUCUUUGUCAUGGCGGGAAGUAUCUUUCAUUGGUUGGCUGUCUAUUUCUAUGUUGCUCCUCAGCCACUGCGUGGAUGGGAAGAAGCUUAG